AUGAUCACAAUAAACCAUUACGGAGACAAAUUCUUUGUCUUUGAUGCAAAAGAUGUCGAGCGUUUGAGAUGUGAAUACAGAAUUGUUGGCGCAUUCAGUGGUACCUUGCCACAAUAUCCGUUACAAAAUACAUUUUAUGGACUACCUUUAUUACUAUUACCGGAAGAAGUGAGCUUAAUCACGCAUAACGGAUGGGGAAAUGUGGUUAGUAAGAAGAAACCCAUGUCCCCAUCACCCAAUGAAAUAUUUAAUGAUUUGUGGUCAAAAGGAUUCUAUAUUACCAGCGGCAUUAAAUUUGGAGGGGACUAUUUAUUAUAUACAAACGACCCGAUGUGUACCCACAGUGAAUUUAUCAUUGGUGUAAGACAAGAGGAAGAAGACAUAAAACCGGUAGAGAUCAUUAGUAUGGGUCGGUUGGCCACAAACGUUAAAAAGACCUUUGUGGUUGCAGGAUCAAUACAAGAAAUGAUGACAUAUUAUUCGAUCGAAUGGGCAGGAUUUUAA